GGAGGAGAAAAGAAGCUCCGACUCGCUCCUGCAGAAACCACUAACCAGCACAAGCGGGCAGAGAGAGAACGAAGAAGAAGAAGAAACCUAGAGAGCUAAAGAGGGAUUGAAACAGAGAGAGAGCGCGGGCGGGGGGAAUGGCGAGCGAAACAAAGAGCAAUGGAAGAUCAUCAGGUGGGUUCAGGGCUAGAAUGGAGCAUUAUCUGUACAGUGGUGACAAGAAACACGUCUUUGCCGGGAUUGCCAUCAUCACCGUCUUCUUCGGUGCACCCUGGUUCCUCAUGAGCAGAGGUUCGAAGCACCAAUCUCAUCAAGAUUACAUGGAGAAAGCUGAUAAAGCACGAAGAGAGAGGCUUUCUUCAAAAUGAUAAGGCUCCGAAAGACAUUCUUAGAAAACCAGUUUUGACAUAUAUUUGAUGGCAGAGAGUUUCUUUUCCCCUGAAAUAAUUUCAGCUGUACCCUUAGGUCCAUAUUACCGAUUGGGGGACUUCAUGUCUUGUACUGUUCUGUCAAAUGGUUUGAUUAAGAUUGUGUGUUUCUAGUUCUGUUGCAUUGCGGCCAAUUUUGAUGGAGAGCCGAGAAAAUCUUGCAUUGUAGGUUGCGAAAA